AUGGCCUAUGACCAGGAAAAGAAAAUUACGGUAAGUAGGAAUACAUUUUCCUUUUUCCUGGCCAUAUCCAAAUUAAGUGCAGGCGGCUGUGGCGGGGUUGGCAUAUUUGCCUUACACAUUUGCAAAAUAUUUUUAAUUCUCAGGUAGAAGAAUAGUUCCCUGGGCAUUAAAAAGAAUUCGGCCUGAACUUGGGGAAAAUUCUUUAACUUAUCAGUAGUAAAGAAACUGUUUACUGUGCUGAUGCCUCUGCUGGACCAAGAUUACAAGGGGAGAUCUGGAGAGAGCGCUGUCAGUGCAGCCAAAGGUAGCCGACAUGAGAAGUGAGUAGGGGUCUAGUACUCUCUGUGACCAGAUACGCCAAGAGUGUAGUAAAGUUUUAGAGCAUAGUAAGGUGGGACUAGUUAAGGGUAGUGGUGCCCUCACCCAGAUCAUGUUUAUCAUAUUGCUUGGGUGUAACAAGCAUUCUAAAGGGACAACCAAGGUGGCCCUGUGUACUCAUUGGGUUUAGUAAUAAGACGUACACAUUGUGCUAGUAGAGUUAACCUGUAGUAGGCAUUGAUAUCUGGCACGCCCAAGCCACCCCUAGAGUAGGAAAGACUCCGUUUUCAACUCGCUAUUCGUGGGGGUUUUCUCUUCCAAAUGUGCAUGUUUAUCGCAGACUAAAUUUUGGUCGGUAGUGUAAAUGGUAUUGUGCGAAACAAGUAAAGAAUGUGCAGAAGGAUCAUCAUUUUUAUCGAGCUAUAACGACGUGUUCUUAAUUAUUCAGAAAUGUAUAAAUAUAAAAAUAUGUAUAAAUAUAAAUGUUCCAGCUCAAUGUUUUAUGAUAUGGUUCAGACACAUGGCAUUUCUAUUUAAUAAAACUUUUUGCAGUUACAACAGGAAAAAAUUAAAAUAAAAAAAAGAUACACCGCAUACGAUAUCCAUCUGUACAUUGCAUCAGGAAGCAGCUCCAGUCGGAUACAGCACUGCCCAGCACAAAGGGACAUACAGCCAUUACAGGACAUCACAGCAAGAUGUAUUUCUAUUAUAGUACAGAUUACAGUACAGCACACAAAUAAAACCAAAGAGAUAUAAGAUAAACAAUAAAAAAAACAAUAUCCUUUACAUAUUAAAUAAAAAAUAAAAUAAAAAAAAACAGCAUAGGAGACAUAAGAGGAAAAAGAGGGGGUGGAUAAGCAAGAGAAGUGAUAAUGGGAAGAGGGGGGUCGAGGAGACAAAGAAGACAACGGAACCAAACAGAGCAAGAAAUAAGAGUACAAGAAAAAUCUUGGCCAGCCUGAAAGUCCUCUGAGGUAGUGGAUACAGGUCAGUGUGUCUAAGUCACUGUGUAUCUGAGACACAUGGCAUUUAACACCUCCACAUUACUGUCUCCCACGCUAGUUUCACAAUAACUUAGUGCAUUAAAUACUUAGUAUUUUUAAAAUUGUUUUGAUGAACUUGUAUUUAGUAAAACUAUUACUUUGAAUCACUCUUCCUGUGCAUAUAUAUAUAAUUUUAAUUUAAACAGCAAUAUAAGGCAUUUGGAGACAUGGCUAAGGACCUGGUGUACCUGGUGACAGGAGGAUGCGGGUACAUAGGAGAACACAUUGUCCGAUUGUUGGUCGCAGAGGACUAUGUAAAGGAGGUGAGGGUUUUUGACAUCCGUGAAGUGGAUCACAUCAAAAACCUCAGCACAGGUAAAUAAUUAUCAUAUUAACUUAAGGAUAUCGAUUAUAUUUGGACAUGUGUCUAUCCCUUCACUAGCACAUCCUUUUUAUUUUACAACAUGUGGCUGGUGUACAUCCCUGGAACCAAAAUGGCAUUGCAGUGCACUCCGUGUCCCAUAUGUCCCUCUCCUCCUUGUGUGUCAUUCACAGGGUUAUACAUUUUAAAAGCAAGUGCAAAAUACUGUUAUAUGUGAAACUCGAAGCUAUAAGUGAGUCAUAUACCCAUGACUAUAUAGUCACAGUGUGGCUAUUUCUGCCUGAAUUUUGCAUUUGAGUUUUGAUGUAAUUCUAAUACUCCUUUACACUGUCUCUUCCCCAUUCCAAUCUCCUUUAUGUGUAAAUAUUACAUUUCCUCCUUUUCUCUUAAUUCUAUAUCAGCUUUUUAUUUCCAAAUCCUUUUUCCACUUCGUAUUGUCCCUUUUAAACUUAGUCUCUUGGUCCUGUAUUUCUACCUUUACAUUUCUUAUUGAUUCCUCUCAGGGCCAGACUGGGGAUACGAAGCAGCCCUGGAAAAAAAUCUAUGCCAGCCCCAUAAGUCAUUGUGCUAUGUAGGGUGAAUAUAUAUAUAUAUAUAUAUAUAUAUAUAUAUGCAAUUAAAAUAGUUGGCUGCACUCUCGGAUUUCCUUAAAACGUAACUUUUAUUGAAAUAUUUAAGAGAAGAUCAACGUUUCAGUCCCUCUUGUGGACUUUCAUCAGGAUCAUGAUGAAAGUCCACAAGAGGGACUGAAACGUUGAUCUUCUCUUAAAUAUUUCAAUAAAAGUUACGUGUUAAGGAAAUCAGAGAGUGCAGCCAACUAUUUCAAUUGCCUGGAUAUUGGAGCCCUGGUGAUGCACCCGGUCACACAACUUUGAAGCCUGCAAGAGUGCAAGGUACAACAGCUUUUUAUAUAUAUAUAUAUAUAUAUAUAUAUAUAUAUAUAUAUAUAUAUAAUUUUUUUUUUUUUUUUAUUGAUACAUUUCUUCUUCUAAUUCAAAAUUUUAGUUCUUUCAGGGUAAUUAAAUAAUACAGUAAAGCAUACUCAGACACAGACAAUCUUAUUGAUGCACACAAAUAGGCUUAUUGACCGACAAUCUCAAUGACACACACACACACAGACAAGGUUACUGACACACACAUACAUUUAGUACAGACAGACUCUAAUACACAGACAGACAAAGCUCACCGAUGCGCACACACUCUCCCUACAGACAAGCCCAUUGACACACACAUGCUCCCUACAGAAGAGCUCACUGACACACCCAUACUCCUUACAGACAACCUCACUAACACGCACACACACAUAUGAUCCCUACAGACAAUCUCAGUGACACACAUACAAGCUCACUCACUAGCAGGCGCACACACACAUACACACACACACAAACUCACUAGCAGAUGCGCGCGCACACACACACACACACAAGCUCGCUCGCUCACUAGCAGAUGCGCGCACACACAUAAAGACAUCCACACACACAGAGGCAGACAGUCACUGACACCGAGGCAAACAUUCACACAUACAGAGACAGGCAGACAGACACACACACACACUGGCAGUCACACACACACACAUAUACAGGCAGACAGUCACACGCAGACAGUCACACACACAGGCAGACAGUCACACACAGACACACUAACCUGCUUCUUACCUCCCCAUCCCUUGGAGCUCCUGGAGGCUGGUUGUUGGGGAAGCAGGGACUCCUUCCUGCUUCCCAUGCAGCAGUUACCAGGGCCCCUGCCGCACGCUAGCUCCGCCCCACUGCACGCUAGCUCCACCCCGCCGCAAUAUUUUUUUUUAAAAUGAUCCCGGCCAGCCAUGUGUGAGCUGUGCCGGCCGCCUGGCUCCCCCUGCUCCCAUGGGGCCCUGGCUGGCCGCAGAGCUCACACAUAGCCGGCCGGGAUUACAGGAGCCUGAUCACUGAUUAGGGCUGUCAGCCCAGCCCCAGGUGCCGCGGUCCACCGGGAAAUUUUCCGGUAUCCCGGUGGGCCAGUCCAGCCCUGAUUCCUCCUGUCAAGCACAUUGUGCAUGAUUUUGUCCCAGCAUGGCAAUGUUUUUAUCCCUUGAGGUAAGAGUGCCUCCAGGGGUCCUCUGGCACCAUAACAACUUAAUUUAGAUUGUUUUGGUGUCUGGAGUGUCUCUUUAAGUGUGGAGGGUUUUAACCACUUAAAGACCAAGGAUUUUUUUUAGCUUUUAAUGUGUUUGUGACCAAGGCCUUUGUGACACUUUUGUCCUGUCAAACUUUAUGUAUACAUAAUGCAAUAUUAAAUAUAAAUAAGCUAUUUAAAGGACCACUCCACAGCCAUAAAGCCCUUCAGCUUGCUAAAUUGCUUUAUUGGUGGGGAGUAUCUUUAUAAAAGUGCAGAUUUGUAUAAGAAAGCAGCACUUUUAUUAUUUAAUAAUGGAACACCCUCCUGGCUGUCCAUCAUACAGCCAUGGAGGUUUCCUGCCUACUUCUUUUUCUUCUGGCACCAUAACCACUGCAACAGGCUGUAUUAGUUAUAGUGCUUGGAGUGUUCCUUUAAACCACGGGUCAGCUUGCAAACUUGUUCACCACGUUAUUUUAGUCCCCAGUAUUUGCAAAGUGCUCCAUACAGUUAUCAGUUACAGGUAACUGUCCAAAAAAUAAUGUACUGUAUCACCAUUGCCUUCCAGGGUAAAACACUGUUAUUGCUAUAGACUUUGUUGUUAUUGUAGCUUCCACCACUGUUACAUUGGUUAAAGGAGACAUCACAGACUAUAAUCACGUUCUUAAAGCCACUGCUGGAGUCGAUGUUGUAAUACACACCGCCGCCCUUGUGGAUUUCUUGAACACAUCACCUUAUCACAAAAUGGAAGCUAUCAACGUUGGAGGUGAGAUUUCCUUUUUAUUUUUAUUUUUUAUUAUUAUUAAUUAUGGAAACAUUAUUCCUAAAUUAGAUUUCAUGCAGCCAACCGAUGACGACACAUUAUAUUAAUUCUCAUAAAAGUUCACAUGAGAUUUGUAAACUCGCCAACAUUAAAACCCCAUCACUCCUAAAAUCACUCCAGGUUAGAAUUCUUUCUCCAUAAUUAGGAAAAAAAACGGUAUCGUGGUCCGACUGCUACACUUUCAUCUCACUUUGCCAAGAUGAAAAUGGACAAAACAAUGAUUAAUAAAGUUGAAAUCACCUACAAAAAUCACAGGCAGAAUCUUUGUCUCAAACUGCACCCUCUGUAUCUUUAAGGCAGCAUUUUACUGUAUUCAGUUGUCCUGGCCUUAAAUGAAGUAUAAAUUAUCAAUAUUGAUACAAAACUCCCUUUAAAAUGUUUCACAGGAACAGAGAACAUCAUAAAAGCUUGUUUGGCUCUGGAUGUCACCUACCUUGUAUAUACCAGCUCCAUAACAUCUGUGGGACCUAAUACACGUAAUGAACCCAUGUUAAGGUGAGAGGUUACUUAGCAUCUAGUGUCCAAAUAUGUAGUAAUUUGGCAUUAUAUUUAUCUCUACUUUUCUAUGUUGAGUAUUUUUCCCACUAAGGGGAUGUAUGCCUUAUAAUUACGAACAAGUAGUGGUAUAUAAUGUUAUAUUUUGAGCUCUACUAGGUAUAAGCAAGUCCUUUAUGUCUCUAAUUCUCUAUUGUUAUUGUUAUCUUUAUUGAUAUUAGUCUGCAGUCACAGAUAUUGACCUAUCAAGGAUUAUAUAUUAAAGUCUAAACCAGUGAACUCCAGUGCUUAUCUCUAGAGACAUUAGGAAGGGAGGUUUGCUAUUUGGCACUUAUUUUCAACUUCCGUCUGACCCAUUUGUUAGUAUUUUCUACAAUUGUAUUUCCUCACUGUAUAUAUCUCUAUUAUUAUUAUUCAUUAUUCCAGUGGAUACUCAUAUAUUUGUUAUUUUGAGUAUCUUAUAGAAUAGGUUUACACUCCUAGAAGUUGAACUGGAACAGCAUACAAUAAAUCCCCCCCAAGAACGAGACAAGGCUCCGUGUUGAGGGUCAAGCAGUGAACAGACAGAGCUGUGGGUUUAUUGUUAUUAUAUGCACAUUCUUACACAUUAGUACCAUCCACAGGGUUUUGUAAAACAACCAAUAAACGUACAUUACACUCAGACACUCCCACACAAAAUCCUCCCCUCUGCCUGUGAUACAAUUACCUUACACAAUGGGUUAAUGUAAUUAUCACAGGCAGAGAAAUACAGUUUUUCCACAUUAUUCAUAACUUUAAAAGUAUGCAUCACAUUCACAUAAAACUUACAUUUUCAGAAUCAGCAUAAUACAAAUAUAUGUCAAAAUCAUCUAAAUUGGUCCAUUGGUUCAAAAGAUAGAUCGAAGUCCUUUGUGACCAAAGGAAGCAUGGCUUUUCUGCCCAAAACCAGUUCCAGAGAGUCUUCUAUCCUGGAGAUAAUUGGGAAGUAAUCCAAUUAUCUCCAAGGACAGAGGCAAAACUCCAUUAAAGGACCACUAUAGUGCCAGGAAAACAUACUCGUUUUCCUGGCACUAUAGUGCCCUGAGGGUGCCCCCACCCUCAGGGACCCCCUCCCGCCCGGCUCUGGAAGGGGAAGGGGUAAAAACUUACCUUUUUCCAGCACUGGGGCUCUCCUCCUCCGAUCCUCCUUCUCUCCUCCCGUCGGCUGAAUGCGCACCGCGGAAGAGCUGCUUGCGCGCAUUCAGCCGGUCGCAUAGGAAAGCAUUAUCAAUGCUUUCCUAUGGACGCUGGCGUGCUCUCACUGUGAUUUUCAUCGACGGCAGGAGCCGCGCGCGCAUUCAUCUGGUCGCAUAGGAAAGCAUUUACAAUGCUUUCCUAUGGACGCUUGCGUGCUCUCACUGUGAUUUUCACAGCGAGAAGCACACAAGCGCCUCUAGCAGCUGUCAAUGAGACAGCCACUAGAGGGAAUGGGGGAAGGCUUAACCCAUUCAUAAACAUAGCAGUUUCUCUGAAACUGCUAUGUUUAUAAAAAAAAAUGGGUUAACCCUAUUAACCCUAGCUGGACCUGGCACCCAGACCACUUCAUUAAGCUGAAGCGGUCUGGGUGCCUAGAGUGGUCCUUUAAGCACAUGGCAGUAAAAAGACCGUAAAAUACAAUAAAAUACACAAGGUUAAAUUUAUUACAUAAAAUACAGACAUGCAUAUCCCCAGAUAGCUUAGGUCUGAGCGGACAUUAUUACUGAAUGGGGAUCAGACCACACACAUACAGUUCAAUUGCCAUGGAGCCAAAGUCUUUUCUUACACGAAUAGGCUCCAUGGCAUAGCUAUCUGUGUUAAAUGAGUUCAUUCAGUAAAUCCGAGAAUCUACCGAACGCCAGGGCAGAAAUACGUGAAUAAACCUUUCUGCAUAGGAAAAUGAAGUAUUUAAAUGCCGGUCCAUAGUCAAAAGGCAGCAGGCAGGCAACCAGGCUCCUCCAAUGCACAGUGGCAAGAUUGGUCUCGUCACAUGUACACUAUUAUAAAUUAACCUAGUUACAACCCCUUGGCUUUCAGUCAAACAACUAGUCCUGUUGCUUCCUGGUUAUUUAGUUCAGUGGAGCUAAACUCAUGAAGCAGCAAUUGACCGGAACACCUGCGUUGCAAAGACAUCUCAUUGAGCUGCGUUGGGAAGUCUGUGAUUGGACAGCCACAGAAAAUCUGUGAGGGGUUAGAAGGGGAGGGCUUGUAAAGGCUGCAGACAAGAUAAUGCAUAAUUAAAUGCAUGCAUGUUUUCAUCUGGAGUAUAUAUACUAAACAGUGAUUUAUCUUUUUAUUUGGGAAGUGGAGUAUCCCUUUAAUAGUCCUCACCAUUUAUUUUUUUAUUUCAAGAAAAAUUGGAGUGGCCUUGCCCCACCUGCCACUAAUGAUCAACCUCCAUUUUAUCAUAGCUUGUUAAAAUACAGAUUAAACAGUAACCUUGUAACACUUUGAAUAAAGCAUAAUUUGGCUGCCCUUUGGACAGAUAUUUUGAAAGUUAUUGCUGUCAGUUUACUAUUCCACACGUAAUGAAAACUGUCUGAGUAUUAUGAAGCAAUAAAAAUUGCAUGUACACACACGUUCCACAGCAAUACAUUCCACAAACUGCACAUGUGAGAAUAUAGUAGUGAUGCCGGCUUUGUAGACAGCAGGAUCAAGAUGGCUGUGCCCAGGAGGGACCGGUUCAGGUAAGUAAAUCUCACCGUUACCUGACCACACUGGCCACUGGACCAUCACAAUUGGGGGUCUUUGUGAAUUUCCCCUGACAGUGACAGUGCCGCAUGUUGCAAGGUGGGGUAUCCAUGGAUCGGAUUUAUUGUUCCAGUACAUCCCACAGAUACUCAAUCAGAUUGCAAUCUACUGAAUUUGGAGGUAAUGGCAACACCUCUUUGUCAUGUUCCUCAAACCAUUCCUGAACAGGUUUUGUAGUGUUGCAGGGUGCGUUAUCUCGCUGAAAGAGGCCAAUGCCAAUAGGGAACAACGUUGCCAUGAAGGGCAAUGGCCUCUUCAAUUCUCCCAUUGCUCCCAUUGCUCCCUGGUCCAGUUCUGGCACUUACAUCCUCAUUAAAGGUGCUUUUGGCAAUAGACAGGGGUCAUCAUGUGCACUCUUACUGGUCUGUGGCUACACAGCCCCAUACGCUGCAUACUGUGAUGCACUGUGUGAUCCGACACCUUUUAUCAUGGCCAGCAAAGACAGGCUAGCCUUCCCUCCCCACAUGCAUCAAUGGGCCUUGGGUGCCCAUGACCAUGAUGGCAGUUCACCAGUUGUCCUUCCUUGCACCACUUUUAAUAUGUACUAAACACUGCAUACCGGGAACACGCAAGACAAGACACAAGACUUGCCAUUUUGUAGAUGCUCUGGCCCAGUCAUCUAGCCAUCAUUAUUUGGCCCUUGUCAAAGUAACACAGAUCUUUUCACUUGCCUUUUUUUCCUGCUUCCAACACAUGAAAUUCAAGAACUAACUGUUCAUUAGCUGCCACAUAUCUCACCCCUGACAGGUGCCAUUGUAAUGAUAUAAUCAGUGUUAUUCACUUCACCUGUCAGUGGUUUUUAAUGUUGUGGCUGAUCAAUGUAGGUAAUUUGGAGUAUUUCUCAACUCAUGCUUGUGUGUGAUUGUAUGUAGAUUGGAUUAAUCAUACAUAGCCAAUAUAUAUGUAAGUACCCCAAAAUGUGGACAGUGCUAAACAUUACACACAUACAAACAAACACACAGAUACACACAGACACAUAGGUACACACAUUAAAAAUUUAGCCACCCAGCAGUUUCUUACCUUCAGUUGGCUAUGGCUGGUGGGAGUUGGGGUCUGCUCUCCUGGUUUGGCUACAUCCUCGGGGCUCCUGUCUCCCAUUCGUCUCGGUAUGGUAUGUUAUAGCUGGGAGGAAGUAAGAGGCUGUCACUUUCUCCCAGCUCUUCCUGCGGAAAGAAGGGGCCCAGUCGCACUGUUAAAGCGUUGCAGCGCACGACCGGGCCCCUCAUUGAUAUUUUGAUACUAACAUUUUUUUCCACUAGACUAGCAACUUAGAUAUGCACUUUUUCUCCAUUGAUAAUUUUUUUACUUGGCUGCCAAUUGUAAAUCCAUAGUUCUUAUGCAAAUCUGACUACAGGGAGUGCAGAAUUAUUAGGCAAAUGAGCAUUUUGACCACAUCAUCCUCUUUAUGCAUGUUGUCUUACUCCAAGCUGUAUAGGCUCGAAAGCCUACUACCAAUUAAGCAUAUUAGGUGAUGUGCAUCUCUGUAAUGAGAAGGGGUGUGGUCUAAUGACAUCAACACCCUAUAUCAGGUGUGCAUAAUUAUUAGGCAACUUCCUUUCCUUUGGCAAAAUGGAUCAAAAGAAGGACUUGACAGGCUCAGAAAAGUCAAAAAUAGUGAGAUAUCUUGCAGAGGGAUGCAGCACUCUUAAAAUUGCAAAGCUUCUGAAGCGUGAUCAUUGAACAAUCAAGCGUUUCAUUCAAAAUAGUCAACAGGGUCGCAAGAAGCGUGUGGAAAAACCAAGGCGCAAAAUAACUGCCCAUGAACUGAGAAAAGUCAAGCGUGCAGCUGCCACGAUGCCACUUGCCACCAGUUUGGCCAUAUUUCAGAGCUGCAACAUCACUGGAGUGCCCAAAAGCACAAGGUGUGCAAUACUCAGAGACAUGGCCAAGGUAAGAAAGGCUGAAAGACGACCACCACUGAACAAGACACACAAGCUGAAACGUCAAGACUGGGCCAAGAAAUAUCUCAAGACUGAUUUUUCUAAGGUUUUAUGGACUGAUGAAAUGAGAGUGAGUCUUGAUGGGCCAGAUGGAUGGGCCCGUGGCUGGAUUGGUAAAGGGCAGAGAGCUCCAGUCCGACUCAGACGCCAGCAAGGUGGAGGUGGAGUACUGGUUUGGGCUGGUAUCAUCAAAGAUGAGCUUGUGGGGCCUUUUCGGGUUGAGGAUGGAGUCAAGCUCAACUCCCAGUCCUACUGCCAGUUCCUGGAAGACACCUUCUUCAAGCAGUGGUACAGGAAGAAGUCUGCAUCCUUCAAGAAAAACAUGAUUUUCAUGCAGGACAAUGCUCCAUCACACGCGUCCAAGUACUCCACAGCGUGGCUGGCAAGAAAGGGUAUAAAAGAAGGAAAUCUAAUGACAUGGCCUCCUUGUUCACCUGAUCUGAACCCCAUUGAGAACCUGUGGUCCAUCAUCAAAUGUGAGAUUUACAAGGAGGGAAAACAGUACACCUCUCUGAACAGUGUCUGGGAGGCUGUGGUUGCUGCUGCACGCAAUGUUGAUGGUGAACAGAUCAAAACACUGACAGAAUCCAUGGAUGGCAGGCUUUUGAGUGUCCUUGCAAAGAAAGGUGGCUAUAUUGGUCACUGAUUUGUUUUUGUUUUGUUUUUGAAUGUCAGAAAUGUAUAUUUGUGAAUGUUGAGAUGUUAUAUUGGUUUCACUGGUAAUAAUAAAUAAUUGAAAUGGGUAUAUAUUUGUUUUUUGUUAAGUUGCCUAAUAAUUAUGCACAGUAAUAGUCACCUGCACACACAGAUAUCCCCUAACAUAGCUAAAACUAAAAACAAACUAAAAACUACUUCCAAAAAUAUUCAGCUUUGAUAUUAAUGAGUUUUUUGGGUUCAUUGAGAACAUGGUUGUUGUUCAAUAAUAAAAUUAAUCCUCAAAAAUACAACUUGCCUAAUAAUUCUGCACUCCCUGUAAUUAAGAUUCAUAAUAUUGUGCGUUUUAUUACUAAGGUGUUAUAAAACAUUGUGUUAAAGGAACAAGGGCCCACCUGCUACAUCCUGAGGUUUUGGUAUCUCCAGGAGUAGGUGGCUCCUCACAUGAGGAUUUAGCAUAGAUAUGCAUCUUAGUAUCAAUUCACCCUUCCACAACUGAAGUUGGCCGUACAUUUAUAGAAUGUGAAUACAAUGCAUUGUAUUUGCUGCCUAGGCUAAUAUGUAGCAGAAUGCAUGUAAAGCAUACAUUUAAUGCACUUUCAAACACAGUUAUUAUCAAAACGGCUCUAUACCAUCAUCUACUGACAUCAAGUAGUACUACAACAUUAUGGUCCUACCUUCUCUACAAUUUACAAUUGUGUAUUUAAAUUGUUGGAUCAACUUGAAGUGAACUCUAAAAAUAAAUGUAGGCAGUGCUAAUUUUCAAUUAACAUUCUGUAACCAUGAAGAUAUACCAGUAAAAAGAAAAUGUAAAAUAGUUUCUACAUAUACACAUCAAUAACAUUAAAUUAAAACACGUUUUGACAAAAAUAGUCCAGAGUUUAAUGAUACAUUUUAAUGAAAAUUAACUGGUAAAACGAGACAAAGCGGCUUCAAAGUGUUUUGCACAAAAGAAUGUUUGAACAAUUCUAGAACAAAUUGGUGAUAUCUUUAAUACACUUUAAUGGAAGUCUAGAGUGUGAAAGUGGCAUUUUACACCUGGGUUUGUUCAAAAAUCUACAGAGAUUGUAUAAGCAUGAAUCACUUUUCAUUGUAUCUUGAAGUAGGCGUUUUUAAUAAAAAUUAAGUCUUUUUUAGAACAUUACCAAUUAAUUACACAGGUGCUCUGGAUUUUCUUGUUGCACUUGUUCUGCUUUGUUUAUAACAUGGAUACGACAGUGACAUACAAGGCUGCCUGAUGUUACAGAGACAAAAUGGUAGCACCACAACCAUGUAAUAUAGUUAUGAGUGCAAGACUCAAACCAUUCUUUCAUCUUACUAACCCCAAAGAUUAGCAGACCUCUAAGCUGUAAACAAAUGCAAAACAAAAUUUUGAUAAACCUACUUGAACUAUCUAUGGUCUUUGCCAUAUCACAAGAUGAUUUAUAGAUAUUCUAAGCUACACCGAUAAGCCACAACAUGAAAAACCACUGAAAGAUGAAGUUAAUAACAUUGACUAUAUCAUAACAAUGGCACUUGUCAAAAGGGGGGAGGGGGGGAUAUAUUAGGCAGCAAGUGUACAGUCAGUUCUUAAAAUCCAUGUGUUGGAAGCAGAUUCAAAUUACUUUGACAAGGGCCAAAUUAUGAUGGCUAGACUAUGUGAUGAUAGAAAGGUGUUUAGAAUACACAGUGCAUCACAAUUUGCUGGGUAUGGUUCUGUGUAGCCACAGACCAGUCAGGGUGUCCUUGAUGACCCCUGUCCACUGCCGAUAGUGCCUACAAUGGAGGAAGGUUGCCUGGUCUGAUGAAUCAUAUUUUCUUUUAGAUCCGGUGGAUGGUUGGAUGCAUGUGCAUCCUUUACCCGGGGCAGAGAUGGUAGCAGGAUGCACUACGGGAAGAAGGCAGGUCAGCUGAGGCAGUGUUAUGCUCUAGGCAAUGUUCUGCUGGGUAACUUUGGGUCCUGGAAUUCAUGUGGAUGUUACAUGUACCAUCUACCUAGUACCAUCUACCUAUAGAUUGUUGCAGAACACGUACACCCCUUCAUGGCAAUGAUUUUCUCUGAUGGCAAUGGCCUCUCUCCGCAAAAUAAUGCACCCUGCCACACUGCAAAAAUAAUUCAGGCUUGGUUUGAGGAACAUGACAAAGAGUUCAAGGUGUUGCAUUGGCCUUCAAAUUCCCCAGAUCUCAGUCCUAUUGAGCAUCUGUGGGAUGUCCUGGAACAACAAAUAGGAUACAUUGAGGCUCUGCCUAACAACUUGCAGGACCUGCUGCUAAUGUCUUGGUGCCAGUUACCACAGGAUCAUUUCAGAGGUCUUGUGGAGUCCAUGCCUUGAUGCACCAGAGCUGUUUUGGCAGCAUGAGGGGGGUCCACACAUUCAAACAUUCAACAAUAUUUAGGCAGUGGUUUUAAUGUUAUGGCUGAUCAGUGUAUGUAUGGCAUCAUGUAAAAAGAAAACACAAAAACCUUAUAAAAAGAGAAACAACCAAAUCACACAAGACUUCCAGACUUGUUUAAGAAUGAGUUUGGGCAUCCACGUGACACUUUCUCCAGCUAUGUUUUUCUUUUGUUACAGAGGCACAGAAGAGACCGUGUACAGUGGCAAACUAGGACUGUUAUAUGGAAAAUCCAAGGCUUCUGCUGAAAAAUCAGUUCGACAGGCUAAUGACAGAUCGGUAAGAGUGUGAUGCUGUACAACUGACACGUUUCAAAUGUGUAGUGAAUAAAUGCAGCAGAUUAUCUGUUAGGACACUCUAAGCACUACAACCACUGCAGUUUGCUUUUGUAGUUUUAGUGUAAAGAGCAUUUAAAUGCUGUCUCCAUCCUUGAUUUGUGUCAAACCAUCUGCUUAAAGUAACAAUCAAAACCCUUAGAGCACUUCAGCUCACAGAAGAGUUCUAGGGAUUAAAAGAGCGCUAACCCCCCACCCCUCACCCCUCCUUUGUCACUUGGUACAAUUUUUUUUCAAGUCCUUUCCGAGAAUUAGGUAUUUCUGAUCUAUUGAGCCAUUAGUGAACUGACAGUGAAUGGUACUAACCUUCAUAUUUCUUCAUAUUCUUCUUACUACCCUCUCUUGCCAUCUUAAUUUUCAGACAAGCCAUGGAAAGAAAUUAUUCACUUGUGUUAUUCGACCAAGUAAUAUUUAUGGUGAAAAAACGCAGAAUUUGCUUGAGAGCUACAUCGCUGCAAAGUCAAAAAAUGGACGGAUAAAUUAUUUGGAACCCGAAAAUGUGGAUCAGUGCUACAUAUAUGUGGGUAAGAGGAAGUAUCAUAUAGCAAUGCCUUUAAUUUUGCAACAGCGAUCAAACACCAUUGAUUUACACUUGAACCCACCCUCUGAACUUCUCUACAUUAAGAGAGUUAAAACUUGUCAAUAAAAUAAAGUAUUGUACUUGUAAAAAAUUGUAAGUAGUGUACUUCAUCUCAUUUAAGUGAUCUGGUUGCAGUGUUCCUGUCCCUCUAAGUCAUGCAGUGUAAAACAUUCAAUUUUAGAUAUGCACCAUUGAUUUCUGUGGAUUUGUGCUGCAAAAAAAAACGUUUGUGCCACUUUGGUUCUGGAGAUAUUGCACAUUAUAAUUUAAAGGGAUUUUAUAGUGCCAGGAAAACAAACCAGCUCUGUGUACCUCUGUAAUCCUAACCUCAGGUGAUCUACUGGUAUUGCUGUACUUCUAUAAUCCUGACUUGUUCUCUCAUUAUGCUUUAUCUCUCUAUUUGCCUUUUAGCCUGGCCAAUUUUAAAGACCGGUUAUACAGUGUGUCCUGCUUUUCUAAAUUCAGCUUAGGUUAUGUGUUGCAGGGUAUUGUAAUCCUGACACUUCUGCCUUUGACUGGUAGACGAAUCAUGUAACCAGAAGAAACCUUAUAAGAAGCGUUUAAAGAGUGUUAAUCAAUUAUUAAAAAUACUUUACUAGGAAGUGCCUCUGCUGGCUGUCUGGUUGACUAACUCUCUGCUUGUCAGCCACAAGAGGCAUCCUGACUGGCAAUGCUACCUUGCAGCUUCUCACAAUUGGCAUUGUCAAACUGCUAACAAAGUUUUUGUACCUAAUCCACGCCAUUAAAGAAGCCCUGUCAUGUUUGUUUUGUUUUUCCAGUUUUACAUAUGUUUCUGUGACUUUUUUUUAAUGGAUAUCAGCAGCAUUUAGUAUAGGAGUUUCCAAUGGAUCAAGAGAAGAGGCAUUCGGGGUAAAAGAGGUCAAUCUUUGGGACAUUUGGCUAUGGGGAUGCUUAAAUUUUUCAGGUUCUUUUGGGGCUAAUGGUAACUUUUUGUUUGGUUUGAGUGUGUCUCAACAUUUAAAGGAAAAGUGUGCUCGGUCUUUGCUUGUAUUUCAAAUACUUUCUCAACAAUUUGUGGUCUUAUGCAUUUUUCUUACUUAAAAAAAAUAGGAUUUUUUUAUUUCGGUGAGGCUGGCAUGUUUUCAGUUGCCUUUUUAAAAAAUAUUUAUAUGUAAACCAUCUAACUGCAUUCUGUCCAUGUUGAUUAUAGGUAAUGUGGCCUGGAUGCAUGUACUUGCUGCUCGGCAACUGCAGAUGAAGCCGGAACUCCUGGGAGGUCAAGUGUACUAUUCCUAUGACGACACUCCAGUGAGGCAGAGAUACAAACUUCUUUAUGAAUUAUACACUGAUAUUGACCCAAGAAUUCAACUGGGCUCACACAUUCCUUACUGGAAGAUGUGGUUAAUUAUAUCUGUGUUUAAUUUGAUUGCAUUCCUUGUUAGUCCUUUUUGGACGUUAAAACCAUUUAUGAAUUUAGGCAUUUUGAAUUACAUGGUCACUACAUUUUCUUAUCAAACCGACAAGGCCUUCAGGCACUUUGGCUACCAGCCCAAAUAUAGCUGGGAGGAGGCAAAGAUCAGAACUUGCAAAUGGUUAAAAGAGGUCAUAUAG